AUGAAAAGAACAGACGAACCGAAGCUUGAGCUUCCGUGGGUGGAGAAAUAUCGGCCACGUCGGCUAGAUGACGUAGUAGGCAACGAAGAGACCAUUGAAAGAUUAAAGCUCAUAGCCAAAGAUGGAAACAUGCCCCAUAUGAUCAUCUCAGGACUUCCAGGGAUCGGUAAAACUACGUCCAUCCACUGUUUGGCCUAUGAACUUCUUGGAGAUGACUACUACCAACAGGCGACAUUAGAAUUGAACGCCUCUGAUGAUAGAGGUAUCGAUGUGGUGAGAAACAGAAUCAAGCAGUUUGCCCAGACUAAGAUCAAGCUACCACCAGGAAGACACAAGAUCAUCAUUUUGGACGAAGCCGAUUCCAUGACGCCGGGAGCACAACAGGCAUUAAGAAGAACGAUGGAAAUUUACUCUAAUACAACUCGGUUUGCCUUUGCGUGUAACCAAUCGCUGAAGAUCAUCGAGCCAUUGCAGUCACGUUGUGCCAUUUUGAGAUAUAACAAGUUGGCUGACGACCAGGUGUUGACGCGUUUGUUGGAAGUCUCGGCAGCUGAAAAUGUGAAGUUCAACUCCGAAGGAUUGCAAGCAUUGAUAUUCACAGCCGAGGGCGAUAUGCGUCAAGCCAUAAAUAACCUCCAGAGCACGGUCGCGGGCUUUGGUUUUGUCAACGACAUCAACGUAUUCAAAAUCGUGGACCAGCCUCAUCCUCUUGUAAUUCAGAGAAUUCUCAUUCAUUGCACAAAAGAUAGGGAUAUUGACAGGGCGUUAGCGUUGUUGGACGACUUGUGGGCCAAGGGAUAUUCUGCCAUCGACAUUGUAACUCUGACAUUUAAAGUGUCCAAGACAUUGCCAGGUAUUGGCGAACAGAAACGGUUGGAAUUGAUAAAAGAGGUUGGUUUCGUCCACAUGAGAGUGUUGGAGGGGGUUUCGUCAUACUUGCAGUUGUGUGGGUUGUAUGCAAAGAUCUGUGACUUGUAG